AUGGAGGAGUCAAGUCUCACAGCUGCACCAUCAAUUCUUGAUGGAGACAAUUAUGAAAUUUGGGCUGUUAGAAUGAUAGUUCAUCUACAAGCACUUGAUGUUUGGGAAGCAGUGGAAGAAAAUUAUGAAGUUCUUCCCCUGGUAGCCAAUCCAAGUGUGGCUCAAAUGAAGUUGUAUAAAGAAAGAAAUACAAGAAAGGCUAAAGCGAAGGCUUGCUUGUUUGUUGUAGUUUCACCAUCAAUUCUCAUAAAAAUCAUGAGCAUUGAUUCAGUUGCAGAAAUUUGGGAGUAUCUCAAGGAGGAAUACAAAGGAGAUGAAAGAAUCAAGAACAUGAAGGUGAUGAACUUGAUUCGAGAAUUUGAAAUGAAGAAAAUGAUGGAGUCUGAUGCUAUUAAAGACUAUGGUGCACAACUUCUUUCAAUAGCAAACAAAGUUAGGCUGCUUGGAAAAGAAUUUUCCAAUGAGAAGAUUGUUCAAAAGAUAUUGGUUACACUUCCUGAGAAAUAUGAAGCUACAAUUUCCUCUUUGGAGAAUUCAAAGGAUUUGUCAACUACUAGCUUGAUAGAAUUAUUACAUUCCUUGGAGGUUGCAGAACAAAGAAGACUCAUGAGACAAGGAGAUACUGUAGAAUGA